AUGCCCCUCUCCGCAGAGGCCUCGGGGCCGGAGCCGGGCAUCCAGGAGCAGCUGGUCUUUGGCAGCGGUGACACCGUGCGGCUGAGCUGCCCCGUGCCGGCAGGCGUCCCUGUAGGACCCACCAUCUGGGUCAAGGACGGGGCGGGGCUGGUGCCCUCGGCCCGCGUCCUGGUGGGGUCGCAGCAGCUGCAGGUGCUCAAUGCCUCCCAGGAGGACGCCGGGGCCUACAGCUGCCGGCAGCGGCUCACCCAGCGUGCCCUGUGCCGCUUCCGCGUGCGGGUGGCAGAGGCCCCGUCCUCGGGAGACGACGAAGAUGGAGAGGACGAGACGGAAGACGCAGGGGCCCCUUUCUGGACGCGGCCUGAGCGGAUGGACAAGAAGCUGCUGGCUGUGCCGGCCGCCAACACCGUGCGCUUCCGCUGCCCGGCCGCCGGCAACCCCACCCCGUCCAUCUCCUGGCUGAAGAACGGCAAGGAGUUCCGGGGCGAGCACCGCAUCGGGGGCAUCAAGCUGCGGCACCAGCAGUGGAGCCUGGUCAUGGAGAGCGUGGUGCCCUCGGACCGCGGCAACUACACGUGCAUCGUGGAGAACAAGUUCGGCAGCAUCCAGCAGACCUACAUGCUGGACGUGCUGGAGCGCUCCCCGCACCGGCCCAUCCUGCAGGCGGGGCUGCCGGCCAACCAGACGGCGGUGCUGGGCAGCGACGUGGAGUUCCAGUGCAAGGUGUACAGCGACGCGCAGCCCCACAUCCAGUGGCUGAAGCAUGUGGAGGUGAACGGCAGCAAGGUGGGGCCCGACGGCACCCCGUACGUCACGGUGCUCAAGUCCUGGAUCAGUGAGAGUGUGGAGGCUGACGCGCGCCUCCGCCUGGCCAAUGUGUCCGAGCGCGACGGGGGCGAGUACCUCUGUCGAGCCACCAAUUUCAUAGGCGUGGCUGAGAAGGCCUUUUGGCUGCGUGUGCACGAGCCCCGAGCAGCCGAGGAGGAGCUGGUGGAGGCGGGAGAGGCCGGUGGCGUGUACGCGGGCGUCCUCAGCUACGGGGCCGGCUUCCUCCUCUUCGUCCUGGUGGUGGCUGCCGUGGUGCUCUGCCGCCUGCACAGGCCGCCCAAGAAGGGCCUGGGCUCGCCCGCGGUGCACAGAGUCUCCCGCUUCCCGCUCAAGCGACAGGUGUCCCUGGAGUCCGACUCGUCCAUGAACUCCAACACCCCCCUGGUGCGCGUCGCCCGCCUGUCCUCGGGGGAGGGCCCUGCGCUGGCCAAUGUCUCAGAGCUGGAGCUGCCUGCCGACCCCAAGUGGGAGCUGUCCCGGGCCCGGCUGACCCUGGGCAAGCCCCUUGGGGAGGGCUGCUUCGGCCAGGUGGUCAUGGCGGAGGCGGUUGGCAUUGACAAGGACCGGGCGGCCAGGCCCGUCACCGUGGCGGUGAAGAUGCUGAAAGACGACGCCACUGACAAGGACCUGUCGGACCUGGUGUCGGAGAUGGAGAUGAUGAAGAUGAUCGGCAAGCACAAGAACAUCAUCAACCUGCUGGGGGCCUGCACGCAGGGCGGGCCCCUGUACGUGCUGGUGGAGUACGCGGCCAAGGGCAACCUGCGCGAGUACCUGCGCGCGCGCCGGCCGCCGGGCAUGGACUACUCCUUCGACACGUGCAAGCUGCCCGAGGAGCAGCUGACCUUCAAGGACCUGGUGUCCUGCGCCUACCAGGUGGCGCGCGGCAUGGAGUACCUGGCCUCGCAGAAGUGCAUCCACCGGGACCUGGCGGCCCGCAACGUGCUGGUGACCGAGGACAACGUGAUGAAGAUCGCGGACUUCGGGCUGGCCCGCGACGUGCACAACCUGGACUACUACAAGAAGACCACCAACGGCCGGCUGCCCGUCAAGUGGAUGGCGCCCGAGGCCCUGUUCGACCGCGUCUACACCCACCAGAGCGACGUCUGGUCCUUUGGGGUCCUGCUCUGGGAGACCUUCACUGGGGGCUCGCCGUACCCCGGCAUCCCCGUGGAGGAGCUGUUCAAGCUGCUGCGGGAGGGCCACCGCAUGGACAAGCCGGCCAACUGCACGCACGACCUGUACAUGAUCAUGCGGGAGUGCUGGCACGCGGCGCCGUCCCAGAGGCCCACCUUCAAGCAGCUGGUGGAGGACCUGGACCGCAUCCUCACCGUGACGUCGACCGACGAGUACCUGGACCUGUCGGUGCCCUUCGAGCAGUACUCGCCGGGCGGCCAGGACACCCCCAGCUCCGGCUCCUCGGGGGACGACUCCGUGUUUGCCCACGACCUGCUGUCCCCGCGUCCCCUGGCAGCGGGGGCCCUAGGACGUGAAGGGCUGCCGGCCUGCGGCCGAGCCCCACCAAUGUGAGCGUGGACCCCAGCUUCCCUCCUGCUGCUGCUGCUGCUGCUGGUGUGUGGUCCACCGGGCGCCAGCCCGGCGGGGACCUGGGUGGACAGGCGGAUGGAGACGCUGCGUGUCCCUGCGCGCCCCUCAGGCCGGUGCUGGGCCCCUGGCCCACCUGCUGUAAAUGACCUCCUGGCCGCCGUGCCCGCCAGCACCAGGGGGACCGAAUGUAGAAUGUAAGGGUUCCUCCCAGGGGUCCCCUCCCAGGCCCCCUCGUCCCCUGACACCCGCAGAAGAACCGGCGGGCUGGCCCCCAGCGCCCAAAGCUGGGCCUGCAGGAAGCCCCGUGUGCACCUCCCUCACACGCUGGCUCCGGGGGUGUCUGCACACAGCCCCCCCUCCCCCCUCCCCCGUGCCCCUCGGAGACUGACAUUACGGGUACCUGAAGGCGGAGCCUUUAACUUCUAUGGGAAAGGUUUAUUCCAGAAACGGUGUACAUUUAUAUAAAUAGACGCGCGCACGUGGCGCGCACAUAGGUAUAUAUAUAAAAAUAUCUAUAUGGGGGGAGAGAGGCUGGCCAGCAGAGGCCCGGCCUGCCAGGGCAGCCCCAUGGGGGCUUCCUGACCCCACGGCUCUGUGGAGCAGAUUGGACCUGGGCCCGCCCGUGGGUGAAGUCAUUUACAGACCGCCAGGCCCCACCUGCUGCCCACCAAGCUUCCAGCCUGAGCUUCGAAGUAGUAACAGCGAGGGAGCCGCCGAGGACGCGGCAGCCCCUGGCCGGAGCCGGCCCCGCACACUCCGGGGCCGUAGUGGGGGUGGCGAGUCCAGGGGGGACACUAUUUCCUUUGGCUUUCUGCAGGGGAUUCAAUUCUAUAGGAUUUUUCUUUAGGAGACUUAUUUUUUGGACUUCAAAGCCGCCUGGUGUCUCCUGUACGCUGGUUAACUGCCACGUGUCCAGGCAGGAGGCGUGCAGGGAGGGGCGGGCCGGGCAGGGUUCAGAGGUUACUAGAUGUUACAGUUUAUAUAUAUCUAUAUAAUUUAUUGAGUUUUUACGAGAUGUACUCACUGUAGGUUUAACACUUCUUACGCAACGCUUCUAGACGUUUCCACCCUGACCACUGCCUGUCAAAGCUUGGGUGAGCGCCCGCGCGUCAGCUCUGCCUCUGUGACGCCGUUGCAGUGGCUGUCCUCUGCGGUCAGCCGGCCCGCCGGGCCGGGGUGCCAGGAGGGCCGGUUCUCAGGCACCCGGCCCGUGCUGGCCCGAGGCGGCAGAUUUGCUUCCCCCAAAAUAAAGAGACAGCUGGUUCAGAUGCCUGUCCCCUUUUUGCCUCCUGCGCCAGGGU